UGUAGUGAGCUUUUAUGCAUCGCUGUUUCAUGUAGACUCGUCAAGUUACCUCUGAGUCAGUAGAUGAGCUAUCUGUGGAUGGUAAAGAUGUGACCAGUCUGUGGAACCUUGGACUUCAUACAUCAUGUCCCCGAGUGAAAACUCUCAAGCUGGAAUGGUCGAGCGAGGAUGUCUCAUCAGAUACCAUCACAAUGGCCUGCUCUCCAUUCCAUUAUCUAUCUCACCUUCACAUCCAGAGACACCUGUUUUUUCCUACUACACUGAAUGAUCCCGUGUCAUUCUGCAAGGCGGUGAUAACAUCAUGUCCCCGACUCACAAAGCUGUCCAUUACCUACAUUGACCUGUUCAACAAGAAGACAGCUGAGAUCAUCAAACGCAUGAAGACUCAUCCACACCUGACAAACAUAGAGUUGGAUUUGUGUCAUACCAACGCGGAUCUGGAUCCACUGGUUUCUGAGGUAAACAGUGAAGGCAAGCUGACUGUCACCGUGACGCAUGGUGAGGGGAGUUCGCUUGACGACCCUGACGACUGACGACACCGCUCAUGUAAUAUGUGGUUUGGCCGUCAAGCAACAACGUAUCAACAUUGAAAGAUGACCCUCACCAGACCACGUGAUGGUAGCAGACUACUGCGGACUUCAAAAUGAAACUUGUCAAGUGGGGCGGUAACCAGGCUACCCGAAUAACUAAUAAUACUAAUUGAAGGAUAUCUUAAGUUAAAAUGCAUGGAAUAUAGAUCUCCUGUCUCGAUACUUUUCAAUGGAAGCAAGUAUUGGGUAGAAAUCAAAAUACAAAACGAUAGAUUUAACAGAAAUGAUAUCCGGACAGAGAAGAGGAGUAGGAGGAUUCAAUGCAAUAAACAGUUAACAUCUAUUUAUUUACUGAUAUAAAAUGUAUUUCAAAACAUUAUGAACAGAUUAAUGGGUCCGUAGUUUUCUCCUUGAAUCGUAUUGCGUUGUAUAGAAAACAAGAUGCCUUCCCCUAACUUGUCUUGAUUGAUUAAGCUCUUGCAUACGUUUCAGUAUUUCUUUUUUCCCUAUCAUCGUAAAGAUUCCACUCAAAUGGCUGAGGGCAGCCGCAAUUGAUUUGUCUUUUGUUCAGAUUUCAAUUCAUGACAUUUGUUCAGUUCUGAAUAAAAGUAUAUAGAUUAAGUAUAACAUGAUACCAUCAGUUUACAUAUAUUAAAACCAGAAACUUAUUUCAAUCACAUUUGAAGCUUCAAGAUAAGCAAAGGUUUGACGGCUUAUGGACCCUUACCAUUUUACAUAAUCAUAUAAAGGGGUUUCCUGGUGAGGCAAAUAAGAUAACCAUAAGUUAGGUUAUAAUUAAUUUGUAUCGACUUUUCCCUCUUAAAUCAACAAUUCUUCCUUUUUAAGAAAUAUUGUUGAAAAUACCGUGUGUUUAAUGUAUAUUCUCGAUCCAGACAAGCUGUAGACUUAUUUCUGUCCUAUCCAAUAAUGUCUUGCUUUUGAAAUUAAAGGAUUGAACAUAUUUUUUCCUGAAUUUAAUCGUUAUAGUCAAGAAGUGAAUAUCCCCAUCUCUUGAUAAGAUGUACAAAACCAUGAUACAAUUGUUGAUAUGUAUAUAUAUAUUUUUUGUUUUGUUUUGCUCUUCAGUUAAAUAGAAAAAGAACAUCCAUACACAUUGGUAUAAGUAUUUUUGUCAGUACAUCAUGUCCCAGAAUGGAUACAUCUAACUAGUCAUGAUUCUAACUUUGAAUAUAAUUGAGAAUAUAAUCUUGUCUAGUUAUUGACAUGCAUGCAACAAUUAUUGAUGAGGUAACACAUGAAGUAUUAGUCAUCUUGAUCUCGUUGUGAUAUUCUUAUAUCAAAAUUGUGAUCAGAUCGUGUAUACAUACAUGUACUAUUUAUAGUCUGUUUGUGACAUGUAUGUAAAAGUCGUUGUAUAAUAUGA